AUGAUCUGGACCCGAGAUGGGCGUGCGAAGGACCCCCGACUUUGCACAACAAGCCCACACCUCGGUGUAAGGCAGGGGCGGAAAAAGGACUACGGACGCAUCAAAAUGCACAUCGCUUCCCACAACGUCAGGACAUUAUCGACAGACUCUCUCCUGGAUGUAUAUCUACAACAACUGGAAAAGAUCAAAGCCGACAUUAUCGGUGUAUGCGAAACUAGGAGAGCACGCGCUGUCUCAGCGAGGUGGACAAGCGGUGAAGAAAUUCUGCUGGGAGAAGGAGCCAACAAUGUGCCCAGAACAGGUGGAGUCGGUUUCAUCAUAAAAGCGAAAAUGGUCCCGUACAUUAUUUCUUGUGAUAUCAUAUCCCCACGUCAAACUACACAAAAGUUGGGAAAUCGAACGCUCAAAAUGGUGCAAGUAUAUGCGCCCACUAUCACGGCGGAGGACGACGAAAUCGAACGUUUCUACGAAGAAAUAGAGACGGCAUUGAAGCUUAAAUCGACAUACACUAUUGUUCAAGGCGAUUUCAACGCAGUUGUCGGCUCCCGAUUGGACGAUACGGAAUACCUCAUAGGAAGAACAACAUCAAUUCUCAAUAAUGAACACUUUCUUCGAGAAGAGAAGCGUCUCUGGACAUGGAGAAGCUCAGACACGAGAACUCUGAGGCAAAUUGAUUAUGUGCUGACCGAUACGCCAAGAUUGUUUGCUGACGUCUCUGUUAUAGGGGAAAAUGUGAUAACGACUGGCUCCGAUCAUCGGCUUUUGCGUUCGGUGAUCCUCUUCGAUGCCAAGAAAGAACGUCGAGUUCUGCAUUCGCAAAGAACACUCGUACGACAAACUUUCAAUGCCGAUAUGUAUGCUGCGAUGAUAGAGUCGUCAGAUCUACACAUGAAUACCGGAAGCAAUAUCGAUGCCGACUAUGAAGAUCUAGUGGGAAAAAUAACUCAGGCCGUGAAAGCAUCGAGCAUAGCAAUAGAGCCCGCAAGGCGACGACGUAUAUCGACAGAAACACUGCAGAUGAUGAAGAGGAGAGCACGCAUGAAGGCUGAAGGACGAGUGCAAAAUGAGGAAUACCGGACACUCUGUGAAGCGAUAAGGGAAAGAAUCAAGUGCGAUUAUGAAGGCUACAGACAAAUGAAACUUCGCGAAGCAGCUGAGAAAAGGGCUAGCCUGAAAGCUGUAGAAAGGGAUAUCCGUCUAAGGCAACAUAUACAUUAUGCCUGCAUCCCUUCACAGAGUGCUAGAACAACCAACCGCCCACAAAUGAACGAGAUAUGUACAAAGUUCUACAACGAUUUGUACUCCUCAAAGGUGGUUGUUGCAAGAACCUACCGAAACGUUGCAGAAGAACCGAUCCCAGAAGUAAUGUGGGAAGAAGUGGAGAACGCAGUGAAACAAAUAAAGGCUGGGAAAAGCCCUGGCUGCGACAACAUUCGUCCCGAACACCUAAAAGCAGGCGGACUACAUCUAUUUAAAGCGCUGGCAGAA